AUGCGCUUCAUCUGGUUUUCUCCUUUGCUAAAAGAGAACGAAACCAGAGAAUUACAAGAGGUCAUUUCUCAAUUCUUUCCUGGCGCUAAAGUAACUACUGAUAAAAGCAUAUCUCAAGUUCUGAUCGUUAAACCAAAUGAAGUAUCGUUAAUUUAUCGAACUACUAGCAUAAUUCUUUCUCCUCUUGCAUUUAAACAAUGCACUACAUUUGGCAUUGAUCCUUUUGAAUGGCCAUUCAAUACUAAAACUCGAAUGAAUUUAUUUUUACGAAAUAAAACUAUUAAGUUUGUUGGAUUUGAUGACCAUACAACAAGAUCAUUAACUCACAUGAUUCACCAAAUGCAUGGAUCAGUCGGUGAUUUAGCCGACUUUGUAAUUUCUCCAAAAGCAAUUAAAUCUAAGGACAAACCAGAUUGUCCUGUUGUAUCGCCAAAUUGGAUAGAAGCUCUUUAUAUUUCGCAAUUUUACGUUGAUUAUUCUCAAUUUACGUUUGGACGUAACAAACCAAAAGCAAAAGUUGCUCCAAAACCAAAGAAAUUAACAGCUACAAAAUCUCCAAGGGAAAUUGCAAAAGAUUUCGAUAAUAAAUCAAAAGAUACAACAAUACUUAGGCUACAAAUAAAAGAAAAAACGCCAGAUAUCAUGAAAUUUUUUGUUCAAAAGAGCGAUAAUGUUACGAAAAAUAUAAUUACCCCUAAAAUUCCAAAAUCUCCACAUAAAAAUACAAAAAUCCCGAUGCCAGACAAUCCAUUUCAACAGCCUAAUACAGAUACAAUGAUUAUUGAUUCAUUUUUGAAGAAAUCUGAAGAAGAAAAAAAUUCUUCAUCUCCUACCUUUUCGCCUCGUACAAAAUUACAUUCCGUAUGUAACACAAUAAUAAAUACAAAAUCCGAUUCAAAGAAUCAAAGUAAAUGCAAAUUAAAUUCAAUUUUUGAAAAUUGUAUACAGUUUACUCAAAAGAACGAAGAUACAGAUUUUUGUUUAUCAGAUGAUGACGUUGUUUAUGAUCAAAAAGAUAAUUCAUCAGAAAUAUCUUGUGAAGCAUCCGUUAACGAAGAUCCGUUAAUGAUGGCUUUAGUUAAUUAG